AUGGCCAUUUCAGACCUUGGGAUCAGCUCCGGCGGACUCCCCCCGGGCCCGGCAGUCACAAUAGUCGAAUGCUUCCUCGCCGUGGCCUUCUACAAUGUCGUCGAGCUCAACGUCAUCAUCUACAGCUCCUUCCCGCGGCGGACCGGCCUGUACUUCUGGAGUUUCGUGGUCGCGACGUGGGGGAUCGCCGUCUACUCGGUCGGCUUCCUCACCAAGGACCUCAGCUUCAUCCGCAAUGGCUUCAUCUAUGGCUCACUCAUAAUAGUCGGAUGGGUCUGCAUGGUGACGGGGCAGUCGAUGGUGCUGUUCAGCAGGAUGCACUUGUUGGUCAGGGAUAAGAGGAUAUUAAGGACAACGCUGGCCUGCAUCAUCAUCAACGCCAUCAUCAGCCACGUUCCUACUUCAGUUAUGCUUUACGGGUCGAACUCGCGGCAUCCGCACCGCUGGGUGGAGCCCUACGCCAUCAUGGAGCGCAUACAUGUCACCCUCUUCUUCCUCCAGGAAUUCGGCAUAUCCGCAAUAUACGUUAUCGCCACCAUGAGGCUUCUCAGGAACAAGUCAUGGCCGUCGUCACCAAAAGCGUCCGCCACCGGACGUCGUUUCCUCACGCAUCUCAUCCAGAUCAAUGUCAUGGUCGUUGUCCUGGACAUCACGAUACUGGCUCUGGAAUACGCAGGGCUGUACGUGAUACAGACGGCCUACAAGGGCAUGGUCUACAGCAUCAAGCUCAAGCUGGAGUUCAGCAUCCUGAACUCGCUCGUCGACAUGACCAGGGCGUACAGGAAUGCACGCAUCGGAGCGCCAACCGGGGGGGUAUUCGAGCCCGACACCGGCAAUGACACCAACGCGAUGGGAAAGAACAGCGCAGGGACCAGCUGCUAUGCACAGCUGACCCAGACGGUUGACCACGACGGGAUAAUCAGGUAUACGGCUAAUAAUCACAACAUGAUGCUAGGACAUCACGCAUACGUUACUACGGGCAACGGGAUCGAGCUGCCGGGUGCCAUCCACCAGCGGCGAGGCCUCGAUGGGGCUGGGGCGGGAACCGACACCAGCGGCGAGUACGGUGACAGCAUGCCUGUGCCGACUCAGUUUGUCAUACGGCGGGACCGACGGGAGGAGUGGGAGGAGAAGAGCGACCUGGAAGAGCUUGUGCUUGGUAAUGAUAUCCUGCGGUAG